UUCCCCUUUAAGAGAGCCAUGGCAGCUCUCAAGUCGAGGCAGACAUUUUUCAAUGCAAGAUUUUUUCCUUGCAUAAAUUAUGUUCAUGACGUAGUGCAAAAGGCCAAUUUUGUGGCAAUUUUGUCCGACUUUACAGCUGAAAUAGGAUUUUGUGAGACACCUCGAGGAUUUUUGAUUAUCUGAACUGUUGCAGAAAGGCCAUCGUCAUUAAAUAUUAAGAGAGAGGAGAUCCUAACAUUGCAACCCUCCUUAUCAAUGCAAAUACCUCUUUUGUGUGCAGUCACAGCGCCUGUCUGGGAGCUGAGAUGAAUUUUUAAUUAUGUGUGACUGAAACAAACUGUGACAAGGACCUUUAUAAGAGCGGGGGAUUACAGCGAAUAAGCUGCAUUUACGCGAAUGCCAGGAAGACUGUGACUGUGGUGGUGCAGCGAGCCAUGAACUCCCAGGAUCUCCCUGCCAAAGAUGCCCCGCUUACUGUCAAUGAGCAGGUCAUUGUGAUGUCUGGCCAUGAGACUAUUCGAGUGCUAGAGGUAGAGGUCGAUGCGUCUCUGCCGUCAUCAGUAAACGAUGGGAAGAGUGAAGGCAAAGCUGAGGAGGGAGUGGCUCAGGCGGCGGAGCAACCGGAAGGCGGCAGCACCCAGGACAGCCCCACUGUGCCCCAGAGCACAGGGGGAAUAGUGCUGGGUGAGCAGCAGGUGGUGUCUGUAGAGGCUCCGGUCCCCGCUGUCCAAACGCUGACUCCUGCUGUUCCCAUCAGUGUGUCCAUGCCGCAGCCCCAGGCCACCAUGCCCAUCACUGUACAAGGCUGUCCACAGGUGCUGACCCAGGAAAGUCUGGCCACGUUGAUGACCGGUAUGAUGGCCCAGACAGGGUCGCUGGGCCAACCCCUACUCAUCCCCCUGAGUAUGGCGGGCUCCAUCGGUGGCCAGGGCAGUCUGGCUGUUCUCACCCUCCCCACCACCAAUGUUGCUACUCUCCCUGGGCUUGCAGCAGCUAACUCAGCCGGAAACCUCCUCAAGCUGCCCUUUGCUGGCCUCCAAGCUGCCACAGUCUUGAACUCAGUCCAGCCCCAGCUGCAGACAAAUGCACAGACAGUGUUCCAGCCUCAAGCAGCCUCCAUGCAGUCAGUCCAGGCUGCUGUGCAGCAGGUGACGUCUCAGCCAACGCAGGUGACCAAUGCCCAGGCUACUGCAGCUCAGAUGGCAGCAGCCCAGGCGACCACGGCCUCAACCACCAUGUCUCAGUCCAACAUAUCUGUGGCAGCACUGCAGACUGCAGGACUCUCCCUCAAUCCUGCUAUUAUCAAUGCUGCUUCAUUGGGUGCACAGCCCCAGUUCCUCAGUUCCCUUGCCUCCACUCCCAUCAUCACCAGUGCCAUGUCCAACAUGGCUGGCAUCACCAGCCAGAUCAUCACAAAUGCCCAGGGACAGGUUAUAGGAACCCUCCCGCUGUUGGUGAACCCGGCCUCUCUGGCUGGAGGGGCUGCAACUCCCACCCUGCCCCUCCAGGGUCUCCAGGUCCAGACUGUCACCCCACAGCUGCUUCUCAACACCCAGGGACAGAUCAUUGCCACUGUAGGAAAUGGACCUGCCACAGUUGUGACUUCUGCUGCAGUUCUGCCCAAAGCCGCUGCUCCUCCAACACUUACCAAGCCUAACACACAGGCUUCGGUAACAAGUGUCACUCCGUCGCCAGUUGUAAUCGCCCCGCAGCCGUCUGUACUGAAGACCGCCACCACGCUCUCUUCCACGGUACCCAUCACCUGUGGAGACAUAGCAAAAGUGGGCCAGCUUGUCAGCAAACCCCAGCAGGUAGUCAGCAGCGAGGAAGGCAUUAAUCUGGAGGAAAUUCGAGAGUUUGCCAAGAAUUUCAAGAUCCGUCGGCUGUCCUUGGGGCUUACGCAGACACAAGUAGGGCAGGCUCUGACUGCAACUGAGGGUCCGGCUUACAGCCAGUCUGCCAUUUGCAGGUUUGAAAAAUUGGAUAUCACUCCCAAGAGCGCUCAGAAGCUAAAGCCCGUGUUGGAGAAGUGGCUGGCCGAAGCCGAGCACUGGAACCAGAAAGGCCAGCAGAAUCUGAUGGAGUUUGUUGGUGGUGAACCUUCCAAAAAACGCAAGCGGCGUACCAGUUUCACACCGCAGGCAAUAGAGGUUCUCAACUCCUACUUUGAGAAGAAUGCACUGCCAACAGGUCAAGAGAUUACUGAGAUUGCAAGAGAGCUAAACUAUGACCGAGAGGUUGUGCGAGUAUGGUUCUGCAACCGGCGACAGACGUUGAAAAACACAAGCAAAAUCAACGUUUUCCAGGUUCAGUAGCGACGUCAUUCUGGGAGAGUUUGCUACUGAUCUUUUAUCCUGUUGGGAAGCUGAACAUUUAAUACAAUAACACAGAUGUAGAUAGUGUUGUAAAUAUGAUUUAACCUCUGUAAAAGGCUGAAAGAAUAUGAAUUUUUUGAGAAAAUGAUUGAAAUACAUGACUGAAAUCUAAUGAAAGAGAACUUAAAACGAAUAAUUAUUGUGUUUUAAAGUUGUAUAUAUGUACACUACUUCUGUGGUGGGUACUAAGUCAAAUUGCAUGGUCCUCUUCUCAUAUACAGUGAUAAUAACAUGUCAUAUUUAAAAACGUUUGAACUUUUAUACAAAUGGUUUUAUAGGGUAACCUUCUGAAUUACUUUAAGCGGGCGAGCACUGAGUAUUAUUGAGUUUAAUCAUAUUCAUGUCACUUUGGCACAGUGGAUGACAGUACGCUGAUAUUUGAUAUUUAGCUCCUCAUUUACUUUAUAUUCAGAUAAUAUUUGUACUGCAUGAGCAGCUCUGCAAACAUAAAUUCUGACAGGAAUAAAUAUGACUGUAGGCUAUAAGUGGGCAAUGACCUAUAACCUUGUUUUCAUCAGAAGUUGUUGUCUAAAGAAAACCAAAAAUGACUUUGCCCUCUAACUACUCCUGACUCUGCAACAAGUAUUUUGGGACAAUCAUCAUUUUGAUAUUUGAUUGAUAAUCAUCAAGACAAAAUCUGCAGUCAUAUUCUCUUGUUUGGCUUUAUAAUAAAUUUAUUAAAUAAUUUUAUAAAAGUGUCACAUGGAGAGGGUCAUUUCUGAUGUUCCAUGGACAACAGGUUCUUAUCAAAAUAAAGCAGUAGCCCAGGCUGUUGCCCAUGAUGCCAACAUAUUACAGUUUUUAAAAAAUAAAGUUUGUUUCAUUUGUGAGUUACUGAUCGUGCAAAUACACAUACUGUAUGUGUGUUUGAAUUCACAACAGUCUGUCCUCUUUUAACGCUUUCUGUUAAAUGUGUUUAUAAUACUCUGAGAGUAUUUUGUGUUUUCUCUGUUCACUGUUGUGACUUUUGCCCUUAAUGGCUUGACAGUGCUGCUGUGACAUUUUUUUCCUUUCAAGUUAAAGUAUAUUUCCAAAAUAGGAGCUUAAUUGGCCCAUUAUGAAGUCAACUUGAAAUAGUCUCAUGAUGCCUGAAACGUUAGUGCCAGAUUUUUUUUAGAUACACUUACUAAGCCUAAUAUCAAUCAAAUUGAUUAACUGAAUUUCAAAAAAAGUAAUUAACUGUUUAGUCAAGAAAAUUAGGUUUUGUGGUUAAAUGUGUUUUGAAAAUUCAUUAUGAAUGAGUUAAAGGAGUGUUUGCAUGUGAAGUCUGGAGUUGUUAUAUUUAGGAAAUAUACUGUGGCAGUUUUCUUUAUCGUUGCCAAUUCUUCAAGAAUUCUUUGCACUUUAGUGACAGCUGAGAAAGUUAAAGGGUUACGAAUGCUAUAUGUACGGUGCAAGGUUUCUGUUACGUUUGUAAAAGAAUUUAAUUCAUUGUAAAGUUUUUGAACAGCAAGAAGCUUUGCUUUCCAAAAUGUAGCAGUACUGGCAAAAUUGCAAUAAUCAACUUGACAAGCAACAUCUAUCAUUAAGAUUAAUGUACUUUUUAUGCAGAUGAAAUGUAAAAUACUGCAGAUUAAUUAUAAACUAAUAUACAUUAUUAUUCACAUAUCUAAAUUAUUUUAUUUGACAAUUGUGAAUGAUAUGUUGAAUGGGGCAUUUUAUUUUCCACCUCAUAUUUACCUUUUGAAUAACAGUAGGCCUACAUUGCAGUGGACAUACAGUAUGUCUAACCAUAAAAAAUAAUAUUACAAAGGUCUUGCUUUAACAUGUGUUUUACCUUCAUGUUAAAUAUGGGAAGACAAUAUAUAUAAUAUUGUUUAUUAUAGUAAGAUGUCAAUAGAGAAAAGAAGAGCUAAAUUAGAAUAAUAAGAUAUCAACCAUUAGUUUUUUUGACUGCAAAGCACACAAAGGGUUCAGGUCUUAGUGAGACAAGGGAAAAACUAAAGUUGGUUGCUUUUUGUCAUUUCUGUCAGAUAAAUCAAAUAAAACCUGUCUUUAU